ACCAACUUUAACAAUUAGAAGCAAAAAGUAAGCAAUGUCAGCUGAGAAAUUAAAUAAAGAUCUUUCGGAUUUAUCAGUUAAAGAGGAGGCAAAAGAACAGAUAAUCACACCUUGGGAAGUUGAGGGUGCAGUGGUUGAUGGAAAAGCCCAACUGAUUGAUUAUACCAAACUAAUUAAACAGUUUGGUACCAGACAGAUUAACAAUGAAACACUAGAACGUUUUACUAAAGUUACAGGACACGAACCUCAUAUUUUUCUCAAAAAGGGAGUCUUUUUUUCGGAAAGAGAUUUUAAUAAAAUCUUGGACUUAUAUGAACAAGGUAAACAAUUUUUCCUUUAUACAGGAAGAGGACCUUCUUCAUCAUGUAUGCAUUUGGGUCAUAUGGUGCCUUUUAUUUUCACAAAAUGGUUGCAAGAAGUGUUUGAUGUGCCAUUAGUUAUUGAGUUGACAGAUGACGAAAAAUUCUUGUUUAAACCAAAAUUAACAAUUGAUGAUGUGAAAAAGUUUGCAGUUGAAAAUGCCAAAGAUAUUAUUGCAGUUGGUUUUAAACCUGAGAAUACAUUUAUAUUCAGUGAUUUGGAGUAUAUGAAUGGAGCAUUUUAUGAAAAUGUUGUUAGAACAUCAAGGCAAAUCACCACUACAACGGCCAAGGCGGUUUUUGGAUUUAAAGAUUCGGAUUGUAUUGGAAAAAUUCAUUUUGCAUCAGUUCAAAUUGCAACAGCAUUUCCAUCAAGUUUUCCAAAUAUUUUAGAUCUACCACCAAAAACACCAUGUUUGAUUCCUUGUGCAAUUGAUCAAGAUCCAUAUUUCAGGGUUUGCAGAGAUGUUGCAGACAAAUUGAAAUUUAGUAAACCCUCGUUGAUUCAUUCAAGGUUCUUUCCAGCAUUGCAAGGGUCAACAACUAAAAUGUCAGCAUCAGAUGUAAAUACAGCAAUAUUUAUGACAGAUACAGCAAAACAAAUUCAGAAGAAAAUAAAUAAGUUUGCAUUUAGUGGUGGACAAGCGACAAUCGAAGAACACCGUAAAUAUGGAGGAGAUCCCGAAGUCGAUGUUGCCUAUCAAUAUUUAAGUUUUUUUGCGAAUGAUGAAGAGUAUUUACAAAAACUUUAUGAUGAUUACAAAUCUGGAAAAUUGUUAACAGGUGAAUUGAAAAAAGAGUGCAUUCAAGUUUUGCAAAAAUUUGUUAAAGAAUUCCAAGAAAGAAGGAAAUUGAUUAAUAAAAACACAUUAGAUAGUUUUAUGAAACCUCAUAAAUUGGUUUUUGCUGAAAAAGAGAGAUUAGUGCCAAUUAAGUCCAAACCAGCUAAAAAUACCAAAUAAAAUAUAUCAAAUAGUAAAUCGAACUAUAAUAGAAAUAUGAAUAUGUUUAAGGUUUAAAUAGAUGAGUUAUGAAUAACAUUGGAAAAACUUUUGUGCUUUGUUUUUUUGGUGUUUUGAGCAAAUAAUUUAUAUUAAAUAUAUAGAAAA